UGUUAUGCGAUUUGUAGAUACACGUAUACGUAUAGGUAGGGCCGCACACAACGAAAAAUAACGUGGCUGAUGUACUGCAUUCUUGAGAUUACGCAUGAACUACUUUUCGAGAGAAUGUGUUGCGAUAAAAUUUUUAUCGGUCCGUUGCGUGCUCGAUUGUAUCGAGCGUGCCGUGAUUAGGUUAUCACGCGGUGUUUUCAAAACUGCCAACAAACGAUAGACCAAUAAUCAACAAACGUGAUAGGGAAAAUACCGAAAGCUUGUUUCUUCACAGAGUAAACUGUAUCAAUAUCUUCGGAAUGUGUUCGCCCACAUGACCACCUUUACACGUACAGGUAAUCGAAGAAAAAUGGGAGAAAGAGACGAAGAUGUAGAAAACUCGACCGGUAGCUCGAAAUUGACGUCGAACGGAUACUAAUGGUUAGAGAAUGGUCGAGUUAGCGAAAAACGCGUAACUCAUUCUUUCACAUUUGAGACAAAAUGAAUAAACGUAAAGGAGGCUUUAAAAGGAUAAGCGUUUAAGCAGCUAUGGAAGAGGGAAUGCUAAGUGGCAGGGCAAAGAAGAAUACUAAGAACUAAGGAAAGCAUUCGUCGGGAUACUCGCGGAGAACCGACCGGAUGCAACGCCAGAAUGGGAGUGCAAGCCUCCGCGCGCACAAGAGUCCGUUACUCGCAUCGGGUAUUUCCCAGAACGCGACUAUAAACAAACAAACACACCAAGAGAGAGAGACAGGGCACUGUGCGCGUGUGAUCCAUGCCCUCCCUUCCAAGGCAACAGCACCGACGCGACGAGCCAGAAGUUCGACGGGGUUGGGAGGGGGAUGAGAAUACUGGCGCCGUCGGUUGAGUAACCCCACCAAUAUCGUCGCGCAUGCGCACUCCACGGGAUUCCCCAGCCGUCCCCUACUACCGGUCAUCUAUCCGAAUCCCCACCACGGCGCCUCUUUUUCUCUUCUCCUUAGGCGGUGGUCAAAUUCGCACGUAAAGUCGUUCUGAACGUUUGACUAUGAUGACAAACUAUCCGCAGUGUUUACUGUCGAUAGUGCACUAAUCUUAGAGAAGAAUCGAAUUUAUCCGUUAUCGAGAAACUCGUUCGUUGCAUGGUCCCAUUAUCUUUUUAAUGCAAAAGAAAAUAGACGCCUCGGGGUAAUCGUAUCCCAGGAAUGCGUAAUGACUCUGUCUCGAGCUGCUUUCUUCGACGCAAUGCUUUGUGUUGUCAAAUACUUAACAUUCUAACGUUCCCUGCACCGAUGCUAUUCGUUCAGGCAUACGCUCAUAAAUCGUCGCAGCGAUAUCGCAGCGGUAUCGAAACGUUUGUCUCCAAUUUCACGUAGUUGCGAUUCGAAAUGCCACGCGACAGAAAUUCUUUUCAAAUAUUCCCUUUGCGUCGUGCCACUAACGACAAACUCGCAUCUCGAAGGACUAGUCCUCUCGAGCAGGUAAACGAAUCUUUGAGAUUUCGAAAAUAUCUCUCGGAGGUAUUUAACGGAACCACGACAGAAGAAAAUGAUAUUAUCCCCGCAUCCGUUGUCUUCUGUUUUUCGUUCCACGGUGUUGUGAAAAAAAAGAAAAAACGAUCAUACCAGUGGGACAAGAAAAGAAGAGAAAGACUGGAGGUGUCUCGAUGCUUUCAUUGCAAUUUUCGCACUUGACCGCAGGGGUAAGCGUGCUUUACGAUCCGCGGUAAGAUUACCAUCAAUGCUGGAGGUGGACGGAUCGCUACCCCUCGAUCUCCCCUCCGUCAUUCCCGGAUGCGGGUUUGGUGUUGUGGUGGUGGAAAAACGCGUGGUGGGGUUUGAUCGAGUUGGGGGAAGGCUUGCCGCCAACGAGUGUCCAAUGGUGGGGGGAAAGCGCGGGUUAGCAGCCGGGACACGCCAGGCGUAGAAUUCAGUAAGCGAACGGCUCUCAACGGCCACGAACGUGUUUUUCGUUCUUCGGUUCCCGCGCAUGCAUAUAUGUAUGUAUAUAUGUACCCGAGACUGAUUCGAAAGAAACAUAAUCGAGACGCUGUCGAAAAUUCGCAACAUAACUGUAACGGACAGUCGCGACACAUACCCGGUUUUACGAGAGUUCACUAGCAAAAACAGUUCUUUGGUUUCUUCAAUUUUCCAUUCUUCAAUUUUAUUUCCGCAACUGUGGCUUUAACAAUUCAAACUGGAUUCCAACAAGCAGUACGUGUCGCGAUUACAUCGCGGCUACCGGAGGCUUAAAAAAUUAUUCAAGCGUGUGGCGAACCAGGCGCUUACCGUUUCGCCACAGCCGGCAGUAACGGUGGAGGGGCCGGUGUCCAAAAUGUCUCCACCAACGAACGACGUGACCAAUGGCGUGGUAGCGCCACCUAACACCUUGGCGCCCCGGGUUUCGCCGACCACGAACCCGGCCCUUACCACCAUCAACCCGCCAACGCACAAGCGGACUCCCAAGGACUUCAUCUUUGGCAAGGCGAUCGGCGAGGGAAGCUUCUCCACCGUUUACCUCGCCAAAGAUAUCCAUACUGGGAAGGAGUACGCGAUAAAAGUGUGUGAUAAGCGUCACAUCAUCAAGGAGAAGAAAACGGAGUACGUGAAGCGGGAGAAGGAGGUGCUAAACAUGCUUGCGGGCGCGAAACACUCGUUCGUGCGCCUGUUUUGCACCUUCCAAGACGUCGAAAGACUCUAUUUCGUUCUAUCGUACGCGAAAAACGGUGAGCUCUUGCCGUAUAUCAACAAGGUGGGCUCGUUCGACAUCGAGUGUACCAAGUUCUACUCGGCGGAGAUCCUUCGCGCUCUCGAGUACCUUCACGGGCUCGGCAUCAUCCAUCGCGAUCUCAAGCCGGAGAACAUAUUGUUGGACGAGAAGAUGCACGUGCUCAUCACCGACUUUGGUAGCGCGAAGAUUCUCAAGGACCCGGAGACAGUGGUGACGCACCCCGCAACGGACGAUUCGCAGCAGCAGCAACAGCAGCAGCAGCAACAACCGUACCGAAGAGAACGCAGGGGUUCGUUCGUUGGUACCGCCCAAUACGUAUCUCCGGAGCUCUUAACUGACAAGACGAGCAGAGCCUCCGAUCUCUGGGCCCUCGGCUGUAUAAUCUACCAGAUGGUCGCUGGCCUGCCACCGUUCCGCUCUAGGAGCGAGUACAUGAUAUUCCAAAAGAUCCUAAAACUCGAGUACGAAAUCCCUGACGGAUUCUGCGAGCUGGCGAGAUCCCUCGUCAGUCAGCUGUUGGUGCUCGAGCCAUCGCAGAGAUUGGGUGCCCAGGACGAACAUGGUGCCGGAUAUCCCAGCAUCAGGGCGCAUCCGUUCUUCGAGGGUGUCGACUUUGAAACCCUCCACGAACAGACACCACCGCCGAUCUAUCCCUACCUACCCGGUACGUCUGAGAACGAGGAGCUUAGGUCGCAGUACAGGGUUCCCGAUCAUCUAGAACCCGGCCUCGACGACAAACAGCUCACGAGGCUUCUUGGUCUGGGCAUCGGCGAAGACGAUGACGACGACGACGAUGAAGAUACCACCACUGAGCGCGAGAAACCCGCGCAACCCAGUACGGUUGUCGAGAAACCGAGGAGAACGAGGACCACUGCUGACGGUAGUAACAUCGCCGAUCUAACGCCGGAGGAGAUCAGAAACCGGCUAGAGAAGCAACGUGCCUCGAACCAGUGGGACUGCUUCGUCGAGGGCAACCUGAUACUGAAGCAGGGCUUCGUCAACAAGAGGAAAGGUCUCUUUGCUAGACGAAGAAUGCUCCUGCUCACUACCGGACCACACCUAUAUUACGUCGAUUCUGUAAACAUGGUGCUGAAGGGCGAGAUACCCUGGAGUCCGGAGCUUAGGGUAGAGCCGAAGAGCUUCAAGAUCUUCUUCGUCCACACGCCAAACAGAACGUACUAUCUCGAAGAUCCCGAAGGAUUCGCAUUGGAGUGGUGUAGAGCGAUCGAGAAUAUGCGAGUCCAUUACUACGGCCUGCAGGAGUCCACCGCUUAAACAAAAGACUGAUGAACACAGAUCGUUUCGGAUGGAACAGAGCAAAUGAACGUUUCACCGAUUACGGUAAUAACAAUGUCCGCGAGGUGCGAUCAUCGAUGUAUUAUUAAUUUGUUUAUGGCCAGAGGGGGCGUUUAUCUAGAUCGUUUGUUAGCGUGUAACUCGGCAUUAGGAGAGGUACAUUCUAGAAUAGGUUAGCAUUUUUCUAACGCGUUCAAAGCACUGUGUACAGAUUAGGAAAAUUUUCUAGAUAAAAAUACAAAAUGUUUAUAUAAUAGGUAGACUUCUGUUGAAGUACAGAGGAAUGGAGAGCUAUAAAAAGGCACAAAAAGUGUUAUCGAAAUCGUGCAAUUGCCGGUUUUUUCGCUAGUUACGUUUUGCUAUUUAUUAUCGAACUCGGGGAACCUUGAAAAAGCUGCACGACGUUCCUCGAACGUGAACACACAAGGAAUAGCGAAAUUUUUAGCCAAGGUUUUAGCUGUGUGUAUUCACAAUGUUAAAGUGCUGCCUGUGACAUAACGUUCGUGAUCGAGGUCGCCUGGCUUGCCCACUACUUUCAUUACGGGGAAAGGAAAAUAAAGUCGUUCAUCCGCGCGAAUUUUGUUCUUUAUAAUUCGUAACACGUAAUCGGGACAUCACAAUCAAAAUUUUAUCGUGCUAAAUCGACGCUGCGUAACUCUUUGGGAGAAGAGACGAGAAACAGUAGUACCUGGUUGACGAAGAAAGGAACAAAAGAGUUAUACUAACGUUAGACUAACGUAAACGGAAGCCAGGCGUAUGUCGAUUAUUCGCGUUUAAAGCAGUGGCAGUAUGUAGCAAUUUUGUUCCAAAUAUAGCCAAAAUUAAAUAGAAAAAUACAGACGAGUUCUUUUAGAAGUUAAAACGACGGCGGAGUGACAAUGUGUGAUUCGUAUGAUAGUUUUGUGUUCGCUGUCGAUUUUACGAAUCUAGGACAUCAAUUUAUAUAGUCGAAGUUAACCAAAAAAAGAUUAAAAAAAAUGCAGUGGGGGACAACAUUGCCGCUUUGCAGCUUUAAUAAAUAGUUUACGUUGCCUGAAAGGGAUUUGCGGAAUGUUGCGCGUUAUUCCGUUGGGUCCCUUGCUCUCUUCAUAUUACAGUAUUCUUCUCGUUGUUCGUUACCCCUUUUCCUCCUCGGUACGUUGUAAAUAUUAGCGCGAUGUCACGAAGAGCAGGCUUCGUAAAGCAUAUACUAAUUCUAUACAUAGUUCUAUAUAUUUGUAAGUACAAAAAUCGUUGUCCAACCACGGCGUUUUUACGUUCGUUUCUUAGUCCGAUUUUCUUCGUCUCCGAUCUGGCCCUCGCGGACGUGAUCGAACAAUGUGUAUAGCCGGGAAGUAGAAAAACAUUGUUUAGGUCUUAAUUGGAAAUAAUGUUUAGUAGUUUAAAAGAAAAAAGAUGCAAGAAGAGAAGAAGAUUAGCGUUUGUUGUACAAAGAGAAGCGGUGGAGAUGGGAAGAGUGUUCUUUUUGUUCUUUUCCCGUGAAAGACUUGGCACUUGAACACUAUAAAUUAAGUAGUUAGGAAAUAGAACCUUUUAAAAAGGAUAGCUUUAAGAGAAGUAGUAUCCCGUUUAGAUUUGCGAGAAUCACACACAAACACAUACACUACUACACUCGUUGCGUUCAAGCUAUCGUCGUUGUCGUUCUUACUACUAUUCUAAGUUUCUAAUAUUUAGUAAUUCUACUACGAUUAUAGUUAACAAUAUUAAUUAAUUAUUUCAUCGUAUUACCAACGUAUAAGUAUUUUUCUCCCCUCGUAACUGUCGACGUAUUUAAUUGAACGAUUUUGUUUUUUCAUUUUUUUUUUCUCACACGCGAUCUUUUCUUAAUUUAUUAUUCGCCGUAAUCGUCCUACGUUUAUUUAUUUUUUAUAGUUUACGUUUCCGCGUUAGUAAGGAUCACACGCUUCGUUUAUGUGUAGGCGUUCACAUACAGACUUAGUACUAGUACCGCUACUACCACUGCGACUAUUAUUAUUAGUGCUAUUACUAUUACUAUUACUAUACCUAUUACUAUCCCUAUCAUAGCGUCGUUGUUGCAUACGUAGAUACACGCAUACGAAUGCGUGCUCGUCGCGUGUAUAUACGCAUGCACGUGCUUAUAAUACGUUCUGUAACUUAUAUUAUUACUCUCUAUCCUCUUUAGGCGUAAUUUUAGGUACUUUGUAAAUAAUACUGCCACGUUUAUCGCGUCGACUUGCCGAAACGCUAUUCCUCGACUUUGUGGCGCUAUCGAGUCGUGGCCGGACUGUGUACGAUACAGUUGUAUAUUAUCUAUACAUAAAUAUUCUAUAUAUACAUAUAUAAUUAUAUAUAUAAAAAGGUAUAUAUAUAUACACAUAGACGCGUAAAGUUAUAUAAAAUAUUUAUGAAUUGUGAAUAGUAGUUAGGAGAAUCGUGUAUAAACGUUCGUUUGUAGAUUUUAGGCCGAAUACGCGCUUAGGUUUAAUACUUUGUUGACGUUACCUUUGCCACGACUUGAUUGCGCCGUUUCAUUACACGUUGUACUAUAAACGCAUGAUAAUCUCCACGUUCUCCUCGCGAUAUUUAGAGAGACUUAAACAGGGUAUUCGGAGAAGUAUUCGAUGGAGGGUGGUUCGGUCGUCGUGCCUGCGACGCCGCGUGAGUGUGCUCGAAAAAAUGGUGAUUCGUUUAUGGAUCAACAUUGUCCUUGUGCCCAGUGGCUUUUCAAAAUGACCGCUUUUGGCUUGCCACGUACGGUGCUUGCGGGCUAAAACGGGGCGCAUAAGCUCGACGAUCGUCCACUCUUGUCGUUUCUUUCUCUUCAACUAGUGAGAAUCGAUCGCGAGGAGGAGGUAUUCGAUAGUUGUUGCCGCUGACACCCCGCCCCCCUCCCCGUCCUAAUCCUUAUACUCUUCGUUCCGCAGAAUAGCGUUUCGGUAGCGUUAGGUAAAAUGAAGCACCAAUACACGCAGUCUUUCUGUCAAAACGAAGCGCGUGUCGAGGACAUUCUCAAAAUUUAUAAAGCAUGCGAAUGUUGCUUUAACAAAGACGACGCGGCGACGCUGUUUCACGGCCGAGUCCGAUAUUAUAGUUCCUCGUUGCCUCGAUCAACUGCUUCCUUUCCGAAGAAAGAAUGCGUUCACUAUCCUAUCAUCAACCCUGAAAAUCGUUUUAAUCAUGGGUCGUUGAUACGGAGUGCGACACCGGCGUUUCCAUUGUUGUAAACUUUGUAGGUUCUACGUUUUAUGUAGACGUUGCAAACUUUCUGAUGGAAAUGCGUAAAUUUUUCCUAAGCGCUGGCUCCUGUCGAGGGGAAGGAUGAUGGUCGCUUAUUAAAUAGUUUUCCGUCGGUUUUGGAGACUGGUCUUGAGAUUCCUAACCCCCAAAGGGCGACGCUUACCUCCUUUUUUAUUAUAGUUCACUUGCUCUAACUGAACUUAAAGAAAACUUCUAGUGUAUUUGUUGAGUGUCAUUCGACGCAAAAGAUCUAGCUAAUUUAAUUUAUACGCUCGCGAGAGGGAAGAACGAAUACUUAAAAAGAUCAAGCAAGAAUAUGUGUAUGUAAGAAAAGAAAACAUUCGAAUGCGCUAAUGUAAACUACGCAAGCAAUAACAGCAAGGCCUUGCGAUUAUUCAAAUGCCUACCGUUUCGGCGUAACAAGGACGGUUCAACUAUUAAUUGCAGUAUUAUUAAAUGUAUGCAGACUAAAGUACACUUACACGCGUACACCUACACAACGGUUUACUUAUACACAUUAAAUACUUCACAUUGGAUAAGAAGACUCUGUAAAUAGUUAGUAUGUAAUUGAUAUUAUAGGUGAUACAACCUAUUAAUAUUAAUAUCAAAUUUAUUUAUAGUAAAUUUUCCGAAAUAUCGCAUA